CACACACACCAAUCCAACCCAAACUCAAAAUCUUUCUUUCAAAAUCUCUCUUCGAAGAAGUUUUAUAAAGACGGAAGAAUGAACAGCAACGCCAGCGAUGUUCAUAGGGUUGCGGCCGGAAAUCUUGAGAAAACGAUCCAAGACAUCAAGGAGAUCGCCGGCAAACACAGCGAUGAUGACAUCUAUGCAAUGCUCAAAGAAUGCAACAUGGAUCCCAAUGAAACCGCUCAGAGGCUGCUUUAUCUCGAUACAUUUCAUGAGGUCAAAAAGAAGCGUGAUAAGAGGAAAUCUAAUGUAAGCAUCCAAGCCAAUGAACGACCUAGAUGGACAUCUGGCAUGCAGCGGCGAGGGGCUAGGGGUGGUCGUGGGAACGAUUAUUAUACAAAUAUUCCUAAUGAUGCUGGAUGCAGAAGACAAAUGAGUGCCAGGCAGGAAAAUAGUGGCCCUAGCCAUGCAGAGAGAAGUGCCAAGCUUUUGCUGCCUGUUCAGCCUAGAACUGCAAGCAAUGCAGCACCUCAUAGUACUAAUUCUUCAGUUACCCCUGUUUAUGGACCCAGAAGUGUAUCUAAUGGGGGCUCAAGCAAUGAACAUAUUCCCCGAGCAUCUGCAGAUAAUAUUAUGGACCUCGGUCGGGGUACUUCUGUUGCUGAUGUCAAUAAAUUGAUAAAAAGGCCAGCUCUGCCAGCUCUUGCUGUGAAGCAGCUUUCAAAUUUAAAUCCUGGCCCCACUCCUACCUCUACACCGACUACUGCCUCCAAUAGUUCAUCAGGUGCAAGAUUUGACGGAAGAAAUUCGGAAUCUAGAUCCAGUCAUUUACUAACUUCCAUGAAUUCAGCUCCUGUCUCAGGUGUCUAUUCAUCUGCUUCAGAUCCAGUGCUACUACCAUCUCUCAACCCCCGAAACCCAGGAGCAGUGGGCACCAUAAAACGUGAGACAGGAAAUCAGCGAUGUGCUGUUGAGAUUAUUGGUUCUUCAUCAGAAAGCAGGUUGACUGCCGGUCAAGAUGUCAGAAACCGCAAUCAAGCUGGUACUGAAACCAACAACAGAGCAUCCCAAGAAGUUGAGAAGAGUCAGUAUCCUGAACCUUCAAGGACAUCAUCUUUGUUGAACCAUGACAAGUCGUCCACUGCGAAUAACAAGCAGGAUGGUUGGCCCACCCAACAAGUUAAUGGUCCUUCAAAAGUGAUGAAAUCUCAGGGUGUAACUGUAGCACUUGGAGCCAAUAUGCAAUCACUUCCUGAGCUGAAUAGCUCUGUUCUGGAGCAAGCAACACCACAGCUUGAGAUGAAGUUAGAGAAACUAAAUAUCUCCAACCGUCAACCAGUUAUUUUUCCUGAUCAUAUUCAAGUGCCUGAAGCUUUUCGGAAUGGGCUGACAUUUGGUAGUCUGGAUGAUGCUUCAGGAUUGAGCAAAAAUGGAAUCAAGGACUCCAAGUGUGUGGAACGAACUGUACUGAUGAACCAUGAUGCUGCUAGGGAACCACCUAUUCGUCAUCAUGUUGCAUCCUCGGCUGCCCUUGAGGAUGACUGCCCUGGCCAUUCACAAACUCAUUCAAAUGCACCUGAAAACUUAUCACCUUUAGAAGUAGAUGCCUCAUCUGCUGCAGCUGUCAAGUCUGACCACUUGAAGCCAGAGAUGCCACCACUUACAGGAGGAUCGCAGUACCCUCAUCUGCAGACUGCCUCUGAGUAUAGUUUUGGUUUUGUGCCACCAAUGCUAGGGCCCCAUGUUGUGCAGGUUGAAGCAACUGAGGUAGGGAAUUCUCCAGUUCCAUCAACGUCAGGUUCAUCUCAACCUGCAACUCAGCCUUUCGGAGUUGGACAGAAUUCUGUUGCUAUUUCACCGCAAUUGAUUCCUUUGCUCCGGCAGCCAUAUCCGUCUAACUAUAUUUAUAACCCUUAUUUCCCUCAGCUUUAUUUGUCCCAUAGCGCCCACCAAUUUCUGGGCCACAGUGGGUUCGCCCAACAAGCUUCAACUGGCAACAUAUAUAUGCCACCACCAGCAGCGGCCACAGGGGUUAAAUUCCCUGUUCCAUCAAUGUACAAGCCUGGAGCCAUUGCUGGAAAUAUGGCCCAGUUUGGUAUUCCAUCCGGAUAUGGUUCGUACGGGUCUUCUGCUGUUGGUUAUGGUCUUGGUGCAGCCAUGACGCCUGGUAGUUCUGCUGGUAACGAAGAUCUUGCUGCAGCUGAGCUGAAGGAAAAGAACAUUUAUUCAACGCUUAAGCAGAGUGAGGAGCCACAUGUCUGGACAUCUGCUCCUGGACGAGAUAUGUCAACUUUGCAAGCAAAUAUUUUCUACAACUUUCCUCAGGGACAGCACCUUGCUUAUUCCCCUGGUCAGGGCCCUUUAUCUGGAGUGUAUCAUUUUGCUCAAACAACGGGGGCGCCAACAACUGUUCAGUCACUUGCCCAACAACCCCAGGCAGUUGCAGGAUCAGUUGAAUCUGUGGUUGAUCCAACAGGCACAUAUCAACAACCUCACUCAAUGAUCAAUUGGAACACCAAAUUUCUGAACAGAGAGAAUGUGUGAGGAACAAGGGUGCAAACAUGCUAUUUGGUGGUGCUAUGCUUGUAGGCAUGGCUGGAGUGCAAUGGAUUGGCCUGAUCCUAGUGUAAAUAGAAACAUCUGCCAUAAAGUUACAGGUCUGGAGGGGGAAGUAUAUAAGGACGAUUUGCCUUGUUAUACAAGAGUGUAGGGCUUUUUGUGACACUUUGCAGGUGUCAGCUUUACUUUUCUUUUGCCCUUUUGGUUUUUAGAUGUACUUGCGGCCUCAUCAAAUUGAUCUAUGCAGUAUACUGACAGCUUCUUCGAGAAAUAUAUAUAUAUAUAUAUAUAUUUAUAUCCAUUAGACAUUUGCGGGUCAGAGGAAUAUGGUAGACUAGAUUAGGACAGGUGGGAUAGUUUGGUAAUUCCAUAUCCCCUGUAUUUCACCUGUACAUGAAAUUUUGAUAGCUAAUUGAUAUGAUAUACUGUAUAAUUUGCCGCUUA